CAGUGAUGAAAAACAUAUGAGUGGUAACAAGUCGCCUUAAUAUCAUUCUUCAGUACUAAGAUGGGCUAAUCUGAAGCAGCACUUUACUCUGGUAUCACCCACGGUGCCAGAAGGAUCAAGAAGCUUGGAAGUGAACUUUUUCUUUAUAUAUGCUCUUCAUUUCAUACAACUCACUCUAACUACCUUUUUCCCUAUUUUUUUUGUAAUAUGAAAUAACUGGACACAAGGACCUUAGGUGGAUUAUCCCAGUGCUUCCAGAAGAACUUCCAAACCUGCAAGACUGGUUAUCCUGAUUAAGAAGAUAUGAAAGAAUACACACUUCUUCUCUUCUUGGCUUUGUGCUCUGCCAAAUCUCUCACUGGUCCUUCAUAUUUUACACUAAAGAAUAUGAUGCUCCAAGAUAUGGAAGACGACGACGAUGAUGAUGAUGAUGACAAUGAUAUGGAAGACGACGACGAUGAUGAUGAUGAUGACAAUUCUCUAUUUCCAACCACUGAACCCAUUCUGCCACUAAUUCCUUUUGAUCUCUUCCCAACAUGCCCCUUUGGAUGCCAGUGCUAUGUGAGAGUUGUCCAUUGCUCUGACCUAGGUUUAACAUCAAUUCCUCGCAACAUCCCACCAGACACUCGUAUGAUUGACCUUCAAAACAACAAAAUCAAAGAGGUCAAGGAAAAUGAUCUCCGAGGGCUUACAUCACUUUAUGCACUGGCUUUGAACAACAAUAAAAUAUACAAGAUCCAUCCCAAAGCUUUUGAACCAACAAAGAGGCUACGACGACUGUAUUUGUCCCACAACCAACUCACAGAGAUUCCAACAAACCUACCCAGAACUCUGGCAGAACUCAGAAUUCAUGCUAAUAAGGUUAAGAAAAUCCCCAAGGAUGUAUUUAAAGGAAUGAAGUCUCUACAUGUUUUAGAAAUGAGUGCAAAUCCUCUUAACAACGAUGGAAUAGAGCCAGGGGCUUUUGAAGGGGUAAAUAUCUACCAUAUACGAAUUGCAGAGGCAAAGUUAACUUCAAUUCCUAAAGAUUUGCCAUCCAGCCUUCUGGAGCUUCACUUAGAUGACAAUAAGAUCACAGGAAUCGAACUUGAGGAUUUUAACCGCUACAAAGACCUUCAAAGGCUAGGCCUUGGCAAUAAUAAAAUCAAAGAAGUGGAAAAUGGAAGUUUUGCCAACAUCCCAAGUAUACGUGAAAUCCACCUGGAAAAAAACAAGCUGAAGAAGGUUCCUCCUGGAUUACCUGAACUGAGAUAUCUGCAGGUGGUGUUCCUUCAUUCCAACCAUAUUGCCAAGCUGGGAGUGAAUGAUUUCUGCCCGACAGGACGGAGGAAGAAGAAAGCUCUGUACAGCGGCAUCAGCCUCUUCAACAACCCCGUCAAGUACUGGGAGGUCCAGCCUUCAACCUUCCGCUGCAUUUUAGCCAGGAACAGCGUCCAACUUGGGAAUUUCCUCAAGUGAGACCCAAGUUGGUUGUUUCAAAAAGUAACUUGUCCAAAUCAGUUUUACAAUACUUGAAAUUUGCAGAAAAAUGCUGAUUUUACGCUAUUUAACCGUUUACAAAUUAUUUGCUAUUUCAGAGGUAAUUAAUUAGAAACAAUAUGUUAAGUAGGAUCCAUUGUAUUAUUUGACAAUGUUCAACCUACAUUUGAAUAAUUUAAACAGAAGUCUUUAUAUCUUACAGAAGGACUCUUAGAAGUGGAACUGGAAACUGUGUUUGAUGUUUCCUAUUAUAGAUGUUAAAUGCCUUCCUUAAAUCACUUAGUUUGGAGAUAUUCUUUCUUUCAAAUAAAUCCUAAAAAUCAUGUGGAAGUGACUUUAUCCACAGUUAAGAAAAAGUGACCUAGCUUGUCUCCCAGAACAAGUUGAACGAAAAGUUGCAAAACCAAAAAUUACCAGAAUUCAAGGGCAAUUUCUUGUGCCAUUUUUGAUAAUGAAGAAAGAUGCAAUAAAAAGCUACAAUACGGUCAGGUAGUUGUCUCUAAGCUAGAAUAUAUUCUUACAAUCUUUUAAGUGAGAUAAAGGCAAGUUUCAUAUCAAGAAUAGACAAAAAGACUUUAGAAGUUGUUGGUAAUUUUUCCUUCAAUUUUAAGAGGAAAAUGUCCUUCAGUGUUUUGCUAUUGACAGAAUUGGAUGCAGUCUGAACAUUAAAAGUAGGAUUCAAGAUUUAUCAUAUGCUUCAAGCUUAAUAGGAAUGACUAUUAAACUCCCUUUAGGCCAGCACAAACAUUUUUCUUUUACCUAUAACAACUGUAAUCAUGUUUUUCACUUUAUUCUUUUCCUCUUUAUAUUUUGACAUCACACGGGUUAAGGAUGCCUCCUUAAUGAAAGUACCUUACAAUUGCCAAAAAAAAGCAGCUGGAACUCGCCUGCCCUGCCCUUCCUGUGCAGGGCAGCACACAGAACUCUCAAUACUGACAGUACUGUAUAAAAUGGAUAUUUUUAGAUAUCUAUUUAGUGUAUAUUUGCUAUUUGGUUUCAAAAUAAAUUAAAUAAACGUACAGAA